GCACCACCAUCACUGGCCACUGGGAGUAAAACAUGGCGUCUGUUUUGGUCCGAAGGUUAGCGGCUCUGUCCGGGACUGCUGCGGUGGGAGCGGGGGCUUAUGGAGCUCACGGCUUCAAAAACAAAGACCCGGAUGACUACAGAAUAAUGCUCUAUGAAACUGCCAACAAAUACCACUUCUACCACAGCCUGGCCCUGCUGGGUGCUGCACACUGUGGAAAACCUCUUUUGGCUGGUACCAUCCUCCUGGCGGGGAUGGGCAUGUUCUGCGGCCCGCUGUACCACCAGGCUCUGACCGGAGACCCCAGCCUGGGCAAAGUGGCUCCCAUGGGCGGCGUGGCCAUGAUGGCCGGCUGGCUGGCCAUGAUCCUCUGAAUCGUCUCGGACCUGGACCGCUGAGUUCUGAUGUCGCCCGUCCAACGGCCGCCUGCCUCCGGGACGGGGGUGUCGGCAGGAGAUAAGGUCGCAGAAAGGAUUAUCACUUCUCAGCCGCUGCUCUGACUCUGACGGCUGCUCUCAGACUGUUUUGCUAAUCUUUAGAGAAUGAAUGAAGCGUGUUUGAAACGUGUCACUUCUAAUGAGCUCAGCAUAAAUUACACAUGCUGUGAUGUGAUGUGUUUUUCUGUACCGAGGUCGGCAUUAUGUUUAAGAAAAAUGAUCUUUUUGCUUGUCUUGACCAAAGGAAAAGAGUUUAAGAAUCAUUAAAUAUUGUGAUGAUGAUGUGUUAAAAUCACUUGAAAUAAAUUCUCAGAAAAUUA